UCUAUCGAAAUUUUACGCCCUCUCCUUGGUCUGCACGACUCGGGUAUCACCUCCCCAUCUGAAUUAACUUCACUUUCCUUCCACCAUGUCAUCAGUGAAGGUGCCGUCCUUUGCUGCCAUUAAAAAUGCGCUCCUUGUUGGCCUUGCUGAAGGCAACAGCUACUUCAGCAAUUACCAUCUCGCAGCCGUGGUGCUCCUUGAUCCCUAUAUCUUGAAAUCUUUCCUUUCCGUCGUCAGUCGCUGUGGAUUCAAGAUGUAUUUCUUCCUUCUUGUGUUAUCAGGCAUCCCAGCGCUCGUCGCUUACUGGGCCUUGGCUUCUAUGUAUGGUACACGCAAAAACCUGAAGGUUGCGCCGCUUCCUGGGAAGGACAUCGACGAGUACAUCGAAAUCAAGGAUGUGGAGCUUUUUAGGCUGUACAAGGGAAAGGACAAAAUUCACAUACAGGUCUUCCACGAUGCGUACUUUGACGGCAAGGCUGAAUUCAAGGGCGAUGUGUUGGAUAUUUUGGAACAACGUCACUCCUGGGCCAAGUUCACGUUUACUCCAGAGCUCUUCAAGCAUGUAUUUACGAAGCUGAUUCCCGACGUUAUCUCGCAUUCUCGGGAGCAGGACCAGGAUCAAGUACAAGACCAUUAUGACCGCGGUGACGAGUUUUACGGAUGGUAUAUCUCACCGCAUCUUGAUCUUUUGACAUCCUAAUGCACGUUCAUCUAGGUUCCUCGGACCCUAGCCUUAAGAGCAGCCAGCAAACCAAGUAGAUAGAAAAAUACAAAUACAUCUAUUUUGAGUCUUUCACUGACAUUGAGAUGGACGUAUAUAUAGAUUCAGGUCCACUACUCAUGAGACUGCGAUU